AUAAUUAUUAGUUCUAGAUACAGAGUUGACUUCGGCCACAAAAGAGCAAUGUACAGUCUUAAGAUCUUUGCAUAUUUAUUGCUUAACUGUCUAGUUUUCGCUGAAAGCAAUGACAGGCUUCCCCUAUCUUAUAGAGCUAUACCUGAAAACUUAUAUGAGCCACCAAAGCCAGUCGGCUCCAUUUCCUUACUUGAGCAUGUGAAUUCGAGGAGCAAUCUCAAUAUCCUUGCACGAAUUCUUUCGGAAAGUGCAGGCUUCACGCAAGCUUUCAGCACCAUACCUACAUGGAAUUUUACAUUCUUCGCCCCUUCAGAUACUGCAUUCAACCAUACCGGGGAAUAUUUCAAUACGUUCGCGGGAACGCCGAAGGGGAAAUGGUGGCUUGGGAAUUUAGUACAGCAUCACUAUAUCCCGAACUCACAACUGAAGGCCUCUUCAUUUUCCACGAAUUACACUCGAGUACAGACAGGAACGUUUCUCUAUGUCGAAGCACAAGUCGUGGGCAACAAGCUCGUGCUCAAUCGAGCAGCUACUGUGACUGAAGCAGAUAUCCCGGUGACAAAUGGCUUGGUACAUAUAAUCGAUCGCAUCAUGGACCCGUCAGCCAUGAUAUUCGAAGCGGAUAUCGAGAAGACGAAGCAGAGCUUUAUUGCUGGGAGCUGCUCAAAUCCUGAACUGCCGUAUUGUUAAGGAGACUUACGUCUUUCACCGAGAAGAUGAAGUUGAUGAGAUGUAGGACAGAGAUUGAUAAACAUGCUCACGAAUGUUGACCCAGAUAGAUAGCUUGAGCGGUAUUACCUAAGUGUUCACGUUUGAACUAUUAGAAUGAAAAUAGUCAACAUAUAAGUCGGUAGUUGACAUCUCACGAUAUAUGAUGCGUCAUGAUGGCGGGGUGAGAUUGGUCUCUAGGUAUAGUCCAAACUCUUAAACACCUAAUAUAA